CCAGAGUGCCUCACCACUCACCCAGGUGUAGGUGUUUGAGACACCUAAUUGAGGCUGGACUGGAGAGCUGCAGGGAGCAGAGGAGAGGAGCAAAGGGACAGAGAGCACAGGGCUGGAAGGAGCUCAGAGAACAACCUUUGACUGGAGAACUACUUAAAGGAAAGGACAGAACCAGACUGUGAAACAGUGGACUUUCUAAAACUUCACACAAACGACCACCAAACCCAAAUGAAGCAACUGGUGCAGAUGCUGUUGGAGAGUAAGAGGGCACAGCAAGAAAUCGGUGCAGCCUUGUUGCAACAGCAAAUAAAUGAUGACCAACUGAGAGAGCAGGAGCUUCAACAGUUGCCCAGGUCGAAACCCAAAGCAGCUGAUUUAAUCCCGAAACUGGGAGAGACCGACAAUGUGGAAUGCUUACCUUAAUGCGUAUGAAGCUACAGCCACUUAGGAGGAGUGGCCGAAGACACAGUGGGUUGGACUCCUGGCUCCUUUUCUAUCAGGUGAGGCACUUAAAGCGUAUCAAGCUGUAGAGGCCAGUAUUGAUGAAGACUAUGACCAGUUAAAGGGAGAGAUACUGAGCCGCCAUGGGCUAACUAAAUUUAGCAUGGCUCAGCGUUUCCAUAACUGGUCCUUCCAAAAUGGGCUAACUCCCCAUUCCCAAGUGCACGAACUGGUACGAGUGACGAAAAGGUGGCUAGAACCAGAGAAGAGCAGCCCUGCAGACAUUUUAGAAACACUAGUUAUGGACUGUUAUCUAAGAGCUCUGCCGUAUGAGGCCCAAAAAAUAACCAGUCACCAGAAAUUAACAACAGCCACAGAGUUGGUAGAAGCAGUGGAGCAGUACCAGACGGCCUCAGACAUGCUCCAUCCAACCCGUAAAGAGCCUAUCGCUUCUGUCCCCACCCGCCCAGGUGGGCCUCGCCAAAAAGGUCCUAAGCCCGGAUACCCUCACUAUGGCCCACCCCAUAGAAUUGUUAAUCAACCUUGGCAGCCACGAGGAUUCCUGAACACCGAGACGUGCCAGUGCUCCCACUGUGGCGAAUUGGGCCAUAUCUCAUGGCAGUGUGAUAAGCCUGAUGAACCAAUGCACACAGCAGAGUCUGCUAGCAGCCCACAUGUCCACUUUCCUGCCCUCUUGGGGGAAACUCCAAAUGCCUUCUGGUCCCCUGCCGAGGACUUCAGGCCCGGGGAGAGGGAUGUGUGGCAUCACAAGGGGCCAUGUAGUAGAGGGGUGCUACAUCCCCAUUCAAGAUCGGCAGCCAAACCACAAAAUGGCCACCAAUGCCAGCACUACAGCUCCCAGAAUGCCUCACCACUCACCCAGGUGUAGGUGUUUGAGACACCUAAUUGAGGCUGGACUGGAGAGCUGCAGGGAGCAGAGGAGAGGAGCAAAGGGACAGAGAGCACAGGGCUGGAAGGAGCUCAGAGAACUACCUUUGACUGGAGAACUACUUAAAGGAAAGGACAGAACCAGACUGUGAAACAGUCUAAGUUGAGUGUUCUUCUAAUGCUUCAAAGAAAACUCAAGUUCAAAGAACCCUUUAUCUUCGCUGGGACGUUUUGGUUUGUUCUUGGAUUUUGCUUUGGAUGAAGAGAAUUACCUGAGUUGCCUGUUUAUAAGAAGAAUAAAACUUCACCUUCCUUUUUUGAA